GGCGGUUCUCUCCGGACCAGCAGGUGGCGCUGUCUGUGGCUGUGAGGAAACUGUCAUGGCGGCGGCCUUGAGGUGUCCGGUGCUACGAUAAAACACAUGAAGUUUGUAAACGACCUGAAGAAGGAGACGCACGUGUAUCAGAGACGUGUGAGAACUAACAGCAGCGCCUGGUUUGGAUCUGUGGCAGCCAUGAAUGUGAUGUCAUCCGUGCUACGCGGGGCCCGGCGGUUCGGCCACGCCGACCAAUUUCUGUUCAGCACUUACCUGUCAACACCCUUCCUCUGUCCCGCUCGAAAGCCCGCUCCCCUGCUCACCUGUCAGGUCCACAGGAAGAACGCCUCCAAGCAGGUCAAAGGUCAGAAAAACAAGCAGAAACUGAAGCUUGACAGACAGGAAGUAGAGAUCAGGCACAGAAUGACAGUGGCGGCGCUCGCUGAUGCCAUGAACAAGGACUAUGAUCAUGUAGUGGAAGCUCUGCUGAAUACGUCGGUGGAUCUGGACUCUCUGGAGCCAGACUCUGUUCUGGAGGAGAAGUGGAUUAAGGAGGUGGUGACUCGGUCAGGGAUGAAGUUUAAAUGGGCCAAACUGAGCGAGGUCAGAGAGCGACCCAACAGAGACGUCCUCAGGAGGCCCUCAGCCGACCCAUCCAGCCUGGUGCCAAGGCCCCCGGUAGUCACCAUCAUGGGCCACGUGGACCACGGUAAAACCACGCUGUUGGACAGUUUGAGGAAGAGCCAGAUGGUGUCGACUGAGGCCGGAGGGAUCACGCAGCACAUUGGAGCGUUUCUAGUCCAGUUGCCUACAGGGGAGAAAAUCACCUUUCUGGACACUCCAGGCCACGCUGCCUUCUCCUCCAUGAGAGCCCGCGGAGCUGAUGCCACCGACAUUGUCAUCCUGGUGGUCGCCGCCGACGACGGCGUCAUGAACCAGACAGUCGAGUCCAUCGAGCACGCCAGGAGAGCCGAGGUUCCGAUGAUCGUGGCUGUGAAUAAGUGCGACAAGCCUCAGGCUGACCCUCAGAGAGUCAAGCGAGAGCUGCUGGCUCACAACGUUGUCUGUGAAGAGUUCGGGGGAGACGUUCAGGCGAUCCACAUCUCUGCUCUCAAGGGAGACAACCUGCUGGCUCUGGCCGAGGCCACCGUGACACUGGCGGAGGUGCUGGAGCUCAAAGCGGAGCCGGGAGGCGUCGUGGAGGGACUCAUCAUCGAGAGUCGCACUGACAAAGGCAAAGGUCCUGUAACGACAGUCAUUGUGCAGCGGGGGACUCUGAAGCGAGGCUGCAUUCUGGUUGCGGGGACGACCUGGGCCAAAGUCCGAUUCGUGUUCGAUGAGAAUGGUCGGACCGUGAAAGAAGCCGGGCCGAGCUCUGCAGUUGAGGUGGUCGGCUGGAAGGAGCUGCCGCCGGCGGGCGAGCUGAUCCUGGAGGUCGAGUCAGAGCAGCGGGCCAGAGAGGUGGUGGAGUGGAGGACGUAUGAGGAGCAGCAGAGGAGGCUGCAGGAGGAGCAGAGCGUCAUCGAGCUCAAGCAGAGAGUCCACUUGGACGAGUACAGAAAGGAGCGGGCAGAGCUGGCCCACCUCAGCUGGAGGCAGAGGAAGUCGGUUCUGUACCAAGCCAACAAGACCAAGUUCUCUGUGAGGUCAAGCGAGAGGACGCAGUCGGACCAGCCGAGCCUGCCGCUCAUCCUCAAAGGUGACGUGGACGGCUCGGUCGAGGCCCUCGUCACCAUCCUGGACAGUUACGAUGCCCAGGAGCAGUGUGAGCUGAAGGUGGUCCACUUCGGCAUCGGAGACGUGUCCGAGAAUGACGUCAACAUGGCCGACGUCUUUGCAGGUUCCAUCUACGGCUUUAACGUCGGGGUGAGCAGCUCAGUUCGUCAGCUGGCGUCCAAGAGAGGCGUCCCGCUUCGACUCCACAACAUCAUCUACAAACUCAUCGACGAGCUGAAGGACGAGCUGAGCAGCAAACUGCCGCCGCUCGUCUCCGAGAGAGUGGUGGGGGAGGCCACGGUUCUUGCCAUGUUUGAGGUCACCGUAGGGAAGAAGAUGAUUCCAGUAGCUGGCUGUCGGGUGCAGAAGGGUCAGCUGGUCCGGAAACUCAAGUUCAGAUUGAAGCGAGGACAAGACACUGUCUGGGAAGGUUCCUUAGCAACACUGAAGCAGCACAAAGACGAUAUAGCGACAGUGAAAGCUGGGAUGGACUGUGGCCUCUCUGUUGAUGGCGACAUCAACUUCAGACCUGGUGACGUCAUCGUCUGUUUUGAGGAACUGAAUUCUCCUCAGGCAACAUCCUGGGACCCUGGUUUCUAAUCACCUCCUGUCACGCUCUUCUGCUUUGGGUGGAUGGUUUGAUUCCUGCUUUGGCAGCAGGACGUCUAAUUUAGAAAUUUUUUAAUUUCAUGUUCGUUUAAAAUUAAAACAUUUUGGGUUCAAGACAUUUUAAUUAAAACAUGAAUCAUUUCAGAAGACGCUGAACUCUGGCACAAACACAUCCUCAAAUACAAUCCACAACUACUAAAAAGAAGAAGAGUUCACUGCAGAGACAAAGCUCUGCUUCAGCACAGACGUCAAGGGGACUUUGAAUUCUGUUGGAAACUAUUGGCUGAAAAAAAAGGUAAAAGUCCAGAAGCAGCUUCGGUCACUUCUUGCUCUUCUCUGGCUUGGCGAGCAGUGCAGGGUCAAUCUGAUCUGGGCUCAGUCCUUUGAUGGAGUAGAGUCUGGCCGCGCGCUCUGACAGCGUUCCCCCACACUUCAACCCUCUAGACAUCAGUUCCUGCUUCAGCACAUCCAGACCCAGAGACUCCAGCUGGUCCACAGUCGCCACGGAGGAGAGAUGGAGGCGUAGACAAGCGAGCUGCAGAAAGCAACGUCACAAGUCCAUCAGUGUCCCAGAACAAAGGUCGACACUUUAACUGAAAAAUGCAUUUGGUUCAGUCACGGUGGGAAUAAAAAAAGUGGAACAGA